AAAAUUAAAUGAAAAUUCAAAAAAGAAAAAACGAAAAAAAAUUGAAAAAAAUUCAUGACUAAUUAAGAAAAAUUCUGCAGUGAGAAGCUAUGAGAAAAACGCUCAAUUAACGGUUUGUAGAAUUUUCCAACAUCGUCGCCCAUUAAGAAUAAAAAGCAAACAUCAACUCAUUAGAAAAUUGACCUGCUUCUCAUCCCUUGUUGUAACAUUCAUUUGCUAGAGAGCAGAGAAUAAUAUAACAACAACGACGACGACGACGGCGACAACAACAACAGCCAAUAAAACGAGUGAAUUUUAGAAAAUUCGAACGUUGGGAAAUUCUAAAAAAGCCAAAACGGAAAAAAAGUAAAAAAAAAAAAUACCGAAAUUAAAGUGAAAAAAAAAGAAACGACGAGACAAGAAGAUUUGAAGUGAAGAGCGUAUUCUCUUUUUUUUGUAUUUUUUUUUUUUUUUUGAUCUUUUUAAUUACAGUGUUGCGUAAAUUUGUGAAAAUUAGAAAAACUAAACUUUCAGCUUAGACUAAUUCGUUUAAAAAAAUUGUUUGCGUCAUGAAACCCACUGUGAUACCAAAUUCUAAUUCGUCAAGUUCCCAAAGCUCCAACUAUGACACAGCUGCUCCCAUUGGCAUUAAUAUCCCAAUAAAUCAUGAAUAUAGUAAUGUCGGAUCAACAGCUACUCCGUAUCAUACACAGGCGCAGCAUUAUGUACCCGGUGAUCCGCAUACCGCUUAUGGUUCGCCAAGCACGCACAUUAGAGUCAACCAACAACAGCAGCACCCGCAGCAAGAAACUCAACAAUCGAUUCCGGCUUCCUAUCAGCAGGACUUUGGCUUUGAACCUGAUAUGGAUAUAGAUAUGGAUAUGUUUCCACGCUCGCGUCUAGGACGUAUACAUGAUCCUUUUACGGGCUUCGGAGGUUCACGUAAGCGUAUUAGUUUACAUGAUCCGCAUUUUCGUACUGAUGGUUUUUCUCGUUAUUUUGAUGACGCUGCAGAUUUUGCUUUUCCGCAGUUCAAUUCGCUUGGUCGUCGACGUGCCAAUACCGAACAAGAUGAUGACUUCUUUCAUCGUAUGCCUGCUGAAUUUCGUGAAUACAUGCCCCAGAGUUUUGGUCAUAGGCAUGCGCCAAAUGCCGGCAUGCAUCCGCAGGCCACACAUUCUGGUACUCCUGGGGGCCCUAUGGGACCGCCACCAGCGCAAACUCAAUAUUAUACCGGCAUGCCUCAGUCACCGACAAAAAAGGUUUGUGACGCUGCUAUACAAACGGAAGAUCCCGCAGGUCGCUCGGAAGUUGAUCAUGCUGUUCCCACAGAAAAUCUUAGUCAGCAGGGUUUGCGCAAUACUGUGGAUAUGGGCGUGAAAUCAGAAAGAGAAAUGCAUGGAACACGUUCACAUUCGGCCCCACCCAAUGAACAACAAAUACCAAUUAAUGAUAAACAUUCGGGUUCAUCGCCUCCACUUUCAUCGCAACAUUCUCAAUAUACAAGCUCUCAGACUAGUCCCCAGAUGCAGUCACAAUAUCAAAAAUCGUACCACACACCUCAACGACAACCGCAACAACAGCAACAACAUUAUCAUAAACAACAAACCCCACCACCGCCACAAACACCCGGUGGUACCUUUAUACGCACCAUACCUAUUUUCGUUGAAGGGCGCUCCGAGCCUAUCAUUAACAACAAAGAAAUACCAAAUCAGAAUUCAGCAUCUUCAACCUCAACGCCUUGUAGGUCAUUUACGCCACCCAAACAGCACACGUCCUUCCAUCAGCAAUCGCAUCGUCCUACACCUUUAAAUACUCAUCAACAACAACAACAGCAGCAACAACAAUCGCAACAAGCACAAGACAUACCACCUCAAACACCACAUACUAUGGAUUCGAUAAAUAAAAUCCAAGAUAUACAACGCGAUGUCCUCGAAUUAAUGUCGCAUGUUGAAAAGUUUACCGGAACGCGCGGAGAUAAAGAGUAUGUGUAUCUCGAUGAAAUGUUAACACGUAAUCUUUUGAAAUUGGAUAAUAUCGAUACGAAUGGCAAGGAUAGCAUACGUUUGGCACGCAAAGAAGCCAUAAAGUGCAUACAAGCCUCUAUUAAUGUCUUGGAAGCCAAAGCCGAAGAAAAUGUUAAGCGCAGUCAAUCAAAAAAGAGCAUUAGCGCUACAAAUGUCAAUGAUUUUAAUGCAGCCCCACAACCUCAGAAAAGUGCAUCAGGUGAGGAAAUAACCAAAGAAAAAAUCUCUUCAACAAAUGAGGCAACUAAAGAUUCUGCAAACGAACAGAAACCGGCCGAUGCCACCAAGAUUCAAGAACCGAUCCCACUGCCCCCACCAGAAGGUAUGAUCAAUAUUGAAAAUGAAAGUCAGCAGUUACCACCUGCUAAGGUAAUAAAAGAAGUGGAAAAUGAAAAACCUGGCAAAGCGGCCGAGGAAUCUAAGUCACAAAAGGAAACUAGUCCUAUCGCAACUGAAGCGAAAUGUGACGAUACCACCGAAACGAAAUGAUGAUUUAGGCGAAGCCAAGUUUGUAAAAGUUUGCAGAAAACCCUC